AAACUGCUAUUUGGGUUUCUGCAGACUCAUCCGUUUCUCACUGGAUCACUACUUUGGCAUCAUAAACCACCAAGUUUUUUCAUUGUGUUGUUUUCAGACGAUGAGAUACUGUGACGGCGCUCAGUAUUUGACAUUGCGGUUCAUGAAACUGCCCCAAGCUCCACUGACCACACUUCUCAUUUUCCACAGCGCUGCUUUCAAGGUCCCAGGGCUGGGAACCCUCACCUGGGAGCUCCCGCUCUGUCCAGGGCGGCUGCACGAGGCCCGUAGUGCCAGCCCAGAGUUGCAGACUCAGCCAAAAUCGUGGCAGGGCUGUUGCUCCCAGACUUUGCACCGGCUCCGCGCACUUCUGACCCCGGCGACCCGAGCCGGCCUUGAAGGGUGUCACAAAGAUGUCCUUAUCACUCGUGACAGAACACCGCUGUCACGCAAUUACCUGGAGGCAAAGACAGCUGCCAGGGUGCAGCCAUACAAACCUGUCCCAUCACAGUGGAAAUUCUCCAGCGGCUGACUCACAGCGCUGCCCCACACGGAGGGGCUGUGCCGGGCCGCCGCCCCACGCAGAGAGAGGGACGCUUGCAGCUCUUGGCUCCAGCCCUCACGGCAGCACGAAAGGAGGUGAAAGUAACUCGAAUGCUUUUAAAUAAAACAUGUACACCUACACCAGCGAAAUAUGCUCCCUGCAAAAACAUUACCAGCACAGCAAAGUGUGGGAGACAUUGCCAUCAUUUUGAGGCUGAAAACUGCCCCAUCUCUCCUGCCUGAGACUAUGCCUAUGUGAACUGGCUGUGCACCAAGGGUAUUAGGGUUUUAACUGAUUCCCCACCAUGUUUGCAAAAGCAACGAAGAAUUUCGUGAGAGAAACUGACAGUGGAGGUGACCUGAUCCCUGUCUCCCAGUUGAAUGCCUCAGACAAGCUGCAGCUUUUGAGCUUAGUUACGAAGAGGAGGAAAUUCUGGUGCUGGCAGAAGCCCAAGUAUCAUUUCUUGACAGUCACCCUGAGUGAUGUUCUUACCGAAGACAAACCAAUAAAACCAGUGAUUGUGGAGUCUGACUUUGCAAAAUAUAUGGGGAAGUUUGAAGAUUUUGUUCAAGGAAGUAUUGAAACAUCCUUUUUGAAGAUCAGCCUGGGAACUGGAGGGAAGGGUUACGUGGAAAAUCAGUCCUCAUUUGGAAACCUGAGGAAGCAGGAGAUUGACUUGCAGCAGCUUAUGAAAGAUGUAAAGGACAGAACAAUAGAUCUAAAGAGUAGUUUGCUUCAACAAGUUAUAGAAAGAAAACGUGAGGUGCUGUGCAUCUUGAGAGAAAAGAUAAUCACAACUCAGAGGUGUACGAUAUCUGAACAUAUCCAGACAGAAGAAAAAGUCAGUGGUGUGGUGGGAUGCACUGCAAAAACAAUAAAGGUUUCAGUAAGUGAAGAUGGAAGUCUGGUGAAAGAUUCUAGCGUGAUCCUUGAAAUUCCUCCUGCGACCACUAUUGCCUACGGUGUAAUUGAACUGUUUAUAAAGCAGAAUGGCCAGUUUGAGUUCUGUCUGCUAGAUGAACAGCAAGGAGGUUUUGAAAAGGAAAGCACAGAAGGCUCAGCUUAUCCUCAUUCAGUUCAAUUCAGAGAUGCUGCGUUCCUCUAUCAGCCAGAUGCUGUUGAUAAUGAGAUGUACUCUGGGGCUAAAAACCUCAUUCCCAGUGAUGCUUCUAUAAGUAUAUUGAAACAAGAUCUGUCACGGUUGAAGACCCAGUUCCAGCCCUUUGUGAAGCUUCCGGAAGACAAGCAAAGAGCUUUAUAUAAAACCCUUUGUGAGCUCUUGCUCCGUGAAGAAAUGGUGACUGCCCUGGGGGACAUGUUCGAUGAUAUCUGCACAGGAGGCAAGCCAGAUCUGGAGGAGUUGAAACUAGAACAACAAAGAGACCUCCUUGACUUCUUACAGCUCUUAGGGUGCAGUUUACAGAGUGAGCUGUUGUUGCAGAAAUAUCAGCCUCAGGAUGAAGAACUUUUCUCAGCUGCUCACCUUCUUAUCAGUGCUGUAUCUGAGCUGCCUGAUGACACUCUUGUCCUGCUGCGUGCCUGCUGUGACCUCCAGGUUGUUCCAGCCUUGUGUUGUUUGCCUAACGUCGCUUCAGCCGAUGGCACUGUGGCACUGAGCAGUCCUUUGGUGGCCACUCUCGCUGACAGAGGGAAGUUUGAGGUCGUGCAAAGACUGUUUGCUUCAUCAAACAUUAAUCUGGAAAUGACAGAGUCUUCUGUAAAAGCUGUAACUGUGAAAGAGCCAAGAUUCUUCCCACUUGUUCUUUAUGUUGCACUGUAUGGAUUUCAUGCAUUAGGUGGGAAUGUAUCGGAGCUGUAGUGAGUAUCCAGUUUUUGCUCUAGCCUGUUGUUUCUUCUGUAGCUCUGUAAUUUUGGUGUAUUUGGGAUCAGCUCUAAAGCUGUUCUGUUGGUACUUAGGGCAGCACAGCCGGGAAUUAGGGCGACCAGGGGACUCUGCAGUUUCAGUGGAAAAUACAUAAAUAAGGGAUGAAGGGGAGAAAUUACAAAAGAGAGCCAUGGAAGAGAAAUUGACCAUAGCUGCUCUGCUAGGUGUCAGAUCCGCAGGGCAGUGACAGCCGGCUUGCUUGCAUUAAUAUGCACGGGAGAAAACAGCAAAGUACAAACUGCUUUUUGUAAGCAAGCAAACAGGCAAGCCCUGGAAACCAAGGGUUCUGCAAUGCAGCAGCUGCUUUGCUCCUUUAAGCCUGGAUGUGCAGAAUGCCUUCACUCUGGAGGAAGUGCAGUGAAGGGCUCUUAAAAAGGUACUCGAUUAGAUUCUCUUAUUGUUUGACUUUUACGGAUGUGAACCGCACACUGCGGGAAAUAACAAAGCCUCUUUUUCAACCUCCAAGACCACUUCAGGGAUUUAUACCUCUGUACAGCAUUUCUGUUUUCUGGUAUGUUCUCACUCACGAUAGCAAGUUUCAGCUGUUUAAACUGCGUUCUGACCUUUGAGGUAUGGCAAUGCCUUUUGGUGUGUGCACGUGAAGGGUCCCUGCUGCACGCCACAGAAAUGAUCAUUUUACUCAUAUGACAUUUUCAGUGCAGAUAUUUUGCUUGUUUCUUUGACUAACAGCAAAGUAUUAGUAAAGCACUCUGUGUGCUUGAACUGUUAUGCCUGUUUUUUCAUCCUAAUUUUUUGUAAUCAUGGAUGGAACAGAAAUGCAGCAGAGAUCACUUUAAAUGUGGGCUUGAGAAGAAGAUGUUCCAAGUAGGUGGAGUAUCAAUGCUUACAGAUGAGAUCGUGAGAUGACUGAGAGACAAACAAGCAGGCACCUGUGUGGGGGUGAUCAGUAACCAGGCCCUGCAGUGUAGCUGGUGGGUGGAGUUCUGCUCAGUUUCCUGCUCUAUUCCCACACGGCCUUGAGCAGAUUACCUAAGAAGCCUUUAAAAAGUCACAUCAGCUCAGCUUUGCUUGAGGACAUGGACUUUGCAGAAAGGCACCACGGUGUCUUUGCGUUCCCUGAAGCUCUGGGAUGUGGGCUUUUCUGCAUCUCGUCUGUUAAGUGCAGCUGGUGGCAUUGCCUGAACUUCGUGCUGGUGUAGAAGGAACGCUCCUUUAGGAGUUGGAAGCAUGGAACUCUGCUUUUAGGAGCAGUGUGUAAGCAGGAAAGUCGUCUUUUGCCCAUCACCAGUAAAAAUUGCCUCUGUAAUGAACUUACAAAAGCUUU